AUGGAAUCAACAACUGAUAAACAAUUAAUUGCUUUGGUAACUGGUGCCAAUAAGGGUAUCGGAUUUUACACAGUUAAGCAUCUGCUUGACAAAGGUUAUUUAGUGUAUUUGGGUUCGAGAGACGAGGAGCGUGGAAAUAAAGCCAGAUCUGAACUUCUGGUUGGUCGUGAGAAUAAAGAGCACCAACUGAGAGUUCUUCAAUUGGAUAUUGCCAGUGAGACAUCGAUAGAGACUGCCGUUGCUCAGCUGAUUAAAGAGAUCGACCAUCUGGAUGUUCUCAUCAACAAUGCCGGUAUCGCAAUUGAGCCAAAGGGUGCAAUCGAUUCGGAACUCUCAAAGAUGAAACAAACAUUCGAGACAAACUUCUUUGGAACUGUCGUUCUCACACAAAAGCUGAUUCCACUCCUGCGAGUAGGAACCAAGAAGAGUAUCGUCAAUGUAUCCAGUGAUCUAGGUUCACUUGCACUCAACGCUUAUCCAGAGUAUAUCUAUUACAACGCAACAUUCUUUGCAUAUCGUGCAAGCAAAACCGCGCUAAACGCUUUUACAGUCGAACUCGCAAAGGAAUUAAAGUCGGAAUCUUUCCGUGUUAACUCUUUAAAUCCAGGAUUCACCAAGACCGAUCUUAAUCAUCAUCGUGGUACCAAAGAUCCAGAAGUAGCAGCUAAAUUCAUCGCGGACUUUGCAACUCAACAAGAUGGUCCAACCGCUGGUUACUUUACAGAAAAUGGUUCAUUACCUUGUCAUAAAUUUUUAAUAACAGAUAGUUUAACAGGUGAUAGGAUCGUAGAGAUGUCACAACGUAAGACUACAACAAAAUCAUCUGGUUCCUCAAGUGAGGACAAGUACACCAUUCUUCUGCCAACCUAUAACGAAUCAGAGAAUCUUCCAAUCAUUAUUUGGUUGAUCAAUGCAGAGUUGGAGAAAAAUUUUGUAAAUUAUGAAGUCGUUAUUGUAGAAGAUAACAGUCCUGACGGUACCUUGCAAAUUGCACAACAAUUACAAAAGAUAUAUGGUGAAGAUAAGAUCAAGAUUCUUUCAAGACCAGGAAAGAUGGGUUUGGGUUCUGCUUACAUGGAUGGUAUCAAGAAAGCAACCGGUAAUUGGAUCAUCUUGAUGGAUGCUGAUUUGUCUCAUCAUCCAAAGUUCAUCCCACAAUUCAUCAAUAAACAAAAAGAAGAAAACUGUGAUAUUGUCACUGGAACAAGAUAUCAAUCGGGUGGUGGUGUCUAUGGUUGGAAUUUCUAUAGAAAGCUAACCAGUCGUGUUGCAAACUACAUUGCAUCGGUAUUGCUUACACCUGGUGUUUCCGAUCUCACUGGUUCAUUCAGAUUAUAUAGAAAAGAGGUAUUGGAAAAAUUGAUAUCUGUAAACAAGUCAAAGGGUUACGUAUUCCAAAUGGAAAUGAUGGUCAGAGCAAAUCAAUUUAGUUACAAGAUUGGCGAAGUACCAAUUACAUUUGUUGAUAGAAUCUAUGGUGUAUCAAAUUUGGACUCUGGUGAAAUCACAUUACCAUCAUCACCAUCAUCAUCAUCAUCAUCAUUUCAACACAAAUCUUUACUAAAAUAUAAAGUCAUAAUCAUAGAAUUACAUUAA